CGCACAUAGACCACUAGUCUUUAAAUAAUCAAAGCAGGAUUUGGGGUGGCCCACGUUAACGUUAUAUAUAUCAUUUGUCACUCCCACCACUGUUGAUACUGGUAAAUCACACCCUCGUUCCCUGGCUUCCUCCGCCAUGUCUGUGAACGCAAUAGGUACUCAAAUUCGCUCCAAAUCCUCGGAUUCUACUUUUCCCCCAUUGCCCGACACAUUUCCAGAUGUCAGCCCAAUCACAGGUCCGGCGAUAGAUCUUUACGAAGAUGGCUACAAUGAUCCAGUGUAUCAGGCGAAAGCUCGCAUCUUGAAUCGUGCAAUACAAGACAUCGGCAUGGGUAGAUAUCAGUGGUAUCUCUUCGUGGUCACAGGCUUUGGCUGGUUCGCCGACUCUGUCUGGCCCCUUUUGAGCGGACUUAUCCUCACACCUGUCGUCAAUGAAUUCCACUUCAACGGACCUUUCCUGUCGUUAGCUUCGAAUCUUGGGCUUCUUGUCGGCGCCGUGUUUUGGGGUCUUGGAUGCGACAUUUGGGGACGGAGAUGGUCUUUCAACGUCACAUUGUUUAUCGCUGGAAUAUUUGGGUUGGCAUCAGGUGGAGCUCCUAGUUUUGUUGCACUAGCGUCCUUGAUCGCUAUGGUCGGCGUCGGUGUGGGAGGCAACUUGCCAGUGGAUUCUGCUGUUUUUCUUGACUUCGUCCCAGGUUCCCACCAGUACUUGCUCACCAUCCUUUCCAUCUGGUGGUGUCUCGGACAAUUGCUGUCCAGUCUCGUUGCUUGGCCUCUGAUUGCCUAUCAUUCUUGUGCGAGUGCUUCACACUGCACCAGAUCCGACAACAUGGGAUGGCGUUACUUGUUAUUCAUCCUUGGCGGAAUCACACUUUCACUGUGGGCUGUUCGGUUUUUCGUCUUCACGUUAUUGGAGAGUCCGCGUUUCCUCUCUGGCAUCGGUCGUGACGCUGAUGCCAUCGAGGUCAUCCAUAAAUUGGCAAAAUUCAACGGAAAAACAUCUUCCAUCACAGUGGAAGAGCUUGAGGCUCCCGACAGAGCAACAUCAGGCGGACGUUCAUCCUCCCCGAAAAGGCACAACGUCCUUAGCAAGAGUUCAAAGUAUGACACUGGCCAUAUCAAAGCUCUCUUUGCUACUCCAAAAAUGGCUUGGUCGACUAGUCUCCUGAUUACUAUCUGGGGUGUUAUUGGACUUGCCUCCACGCUGUAUAACAAUUUCUUGCCAUAUCUACUUUCCAGCCGUGGUACUGUCUUCGGGGAUGGAUCCCUGUACAUCACUUAUCGCAAUCAAGUCGUUUUGAGUGUCAUUGGUGUCCCUGCUGCCUUGCUCGCCGGUUGGGCAGUGGAACUCCCAUACAUUGGGCGCAAGGGUACUCUUGCUAUUGCCUCAGGACUCACUGGCACGUUUCUGUUCGCGACGACCACCGCCCAGACAUCCAACCAGCUCCUGGGAUGGAAUUGUGGAUACGUGUUCUUCAGCAACAUUAUGUAUGGCGUCUUGUAUGCUAUUUCCCCUGAGAUCUUCCCCGCAAAAGAUCGCGGAACAGGGAAUGGUCUGACAUCCACAGCCUCGAGAGUGUUUGGCGUUUUGGCUCCCGUCAUUGCACUAUAUGCCAACCUCGCUACGGCGGUACCUGUAUAUAUCGCUGGAGCUUUAAUCAUGUUUGCUGGUAGCCUGGCUCUCUUAUUGCCCUAUGAGCCCAGAGGUAAGGUUUCUAUCUAAAAGUUUUCACCUGUGAUACCACGUACGUCUCGACUGCUUGUGGAACUUGAAUUGUACUAGGUUAUGUGUUAGAUUGCAGUAACGUGACCCAAAGGAUUGCUGUCGCGUGAAAAAUACUUACAUUCUCCGCCGCAACUCUGACAUUAAUAUGUCUAGCUAUAUAUUCUUAACUUCACCAGCAACUUAGAGGACACAGCUGAAGUUACAAGCGUUUGAUCGUUCUCCGAAUUUUCAGUCUCUGUAUUUCUUCUGUUUUAUGCAUUGUACGAUUAUGUCAUUGCUCAGUCACUACAGUGUACGAAGCACUUUUCCAGCCUCUCGGAUUGGCCCGAACUUGAAAAUGUAUCUAGUCCUCGAG